UUGGUCACACCAUCCACUUCUGAAGGACCUGUGCUGUCAUCAGGGAUUUCCAACCUUAUGUUCGUUUCAAGAUGAUGGGGCAUCAACGUGUCCUGCUCCCUGCGGCUACUCUCCAUCCCCUGGAGGUUUCCUUUAUGCAUUAAGCUACCUGAAUGCUCAAAACUCCGUGAUGGAACCACAAAGCCAGUGUCAACCGAUCGCUGACGAUCUGAAUGUCUCCCAAACCAAUUACUCCAAUGAUGGAACAAGUUGCAUUGCAAGUCUGGACAACCACGGGCAGGAGUUUGAGCUGUCCUUCUGGAGCAUCGUCCUUACUAUCAUAUUGGCUCUCUUUACUCUGGCCACUUUGUUGUCCAAUGCAUUUGUCAUUGCAACAGUCUAUCAGACCAGAAAAUUGCACACCCCUGCCAACUAUCUCAUAGCAUCGUUGGCAUUCACAGACCUUUUAGUGUCUAUUCUCGUUUUGCCAAUCAGCACCAUGUAUACUGUAACUGGCAAAUGGACUUUGGGGCAGGUUAUAUGUGAUAUGUGGCUAUCGUCUGAUAUCACUUGUUGCACUGCAUCUAUUCUCCAUUUAUGUGUUAUAGCCUUAGAUAGAUACUGGGCUAUCACUGAUGCAGUUGAAUACACCAAGAAAAGGACUCCAAGAAGGGCAGUCAUUAUGAUAGCUCUAGUGUGGGUCUUCUCAAUAUCGAUUUCCAUGCCCCCACUUUUUUGGCGUCAAUCAAAAGUGGAAGAGCUCACUCAGUGUGCUGUGAAUACAGAUCAUGUUUUGUAUACCGUGUACUCUACAGUUGGGGCAUUUUAUAUCCCUACAUUACUUCUCAUAGCCCUUUAUGGGAGAAUUUAUGUAGAAGCCAGGUCUAGAAUUCUGAAACAAUCUCCAAAGAGCACAGCCAAAAGAUUGACAAGGGCUCACCUAAUUACGGACUCUCCAGGUUCUUCUUCUGUGUCCUCCACCAAUUCAAGGGCUGCAGAACUGUCAAGUGACACAGGUUCUCCUGUAUACCUGAAUACAGUCAAAGUGAAAGUGUCCGAUGCUCUAUUAGAAAAGAAGAAGAUCAUGGCUGCCAGGGAGAAGAAGGCUACCAAGACUUUGGGAAUUAUACUUGGAGCUUACAUCGUGUGCUGGUUACCAUUUUUUAUCAUCUCACUGGUUAUGCCCAUCUGCAAAGAAGCUUGCUGGUUUCACCCUGCUAUAUUUGACUUUUUCAAUUGGCUUGGAUACGUUAACUCUUUAAUAAACCCUAUCAUCUAUACAAUGUCAAAUGAGGACUUCAAACAAGCUUUUCACAAACUGAUACAUCGUUGUAGCUGCUCCUCAUGAAUCUAGCCACCAUGUACUUCUUAAUUCUACAUGAAUGCACUUGCUUGGGUCUGAUGUCACAGAACCCAGUCGAUAUUGUAAAGAAUCACUGCCUGAAACUCCCUAUCCUGAGUUGUCAGACUCAUGAAUGCUGCUGAGCACAAACAUCAAUACAUACUGCUAUCCUACUGUUCAGCGCUGCAUUUCACUGCUAUGACUCUAGCAAUGAUGCUGCUUAAAUAUUCACCCCUGUCAAAUGCAAAGAGUUCAUCUUCAGAACAAUGCUUACAAUUGACACCUGGAUUGGAAAAUUAACUUAGACUUCUGUUUCCAUGUUUUUAUUUCUUUUUUUCCCUUCACACCAUUGCCUUCUUUUUUUUUUUGGGCAUUUUGAAGAGUCUGUGGAAUUCUUUCAAUGCACACUGUAGGGGUGUGCACAGUUGCUAUGUUUUAUGUCACUAGUAUUGAUGUGUCUAUGCGUAUGCUUGUAAUUUAUUUCUGUAGAGAAAAAAAAGGUUAAUAUGAUUUUAAAGAAAUGCUUUAAAGAUGUGUCACCAUGUGCAAGUGGCUCAUUCAUCUCCAGCUUUCUUGGUAAAUGUGGUGUGCAGGAGUGUGCAAAAUCUACACCAAUGUUUUCCAAUCAAUAUGAAGCCGCACUCGUAAAUUUUCCCAAAUCAUUCCAGCUAAAUGAUGUAUGUGUUAAUGUAUCACCUGUAUGAUGGAUGUGUGAUGGACUGACGUGCCCUUUAAAUGACUGGCACUUGCCUUUUAUUGCAGUCAGAAGAUAUUGCAGCACUAUCAGGAAAGUCAUAUUGUCUCUUAACACAGGGUUUGACAUACGUUUUAAUAUGUGGGUAUGAAAAUAUAGGCAGUAUUUAUAAUUAUGGUUGAUGCACACCCCUACUGCAUUAAGCACAGAGAAUGUAUGUUUUCUUGCUUGUUUAAGUAAUAAAUCUACCUAAAAUGUAUUUUGCUGUACACUGUCAAGAAGUUCAAAUGAGUUUAUAUUUCCAAAAAAGUCACUCACGUGCAAAAUAAAUGACUAAAUAAAUCAGAUCAGUUUAUUUUUUUAUCAUAUCUAAUGAUUGUCAUUGCAGUUUAUUAAAAAAGUGUUUGU